AGGCUAGAGCUCGAAAUUGAACAACAGCGAUUAAACUCGCAGAACAGUAGAGUUGGGGCUCCUGUACGAGCAAGUGAGGCCGAGUCGUAUCAAAUGAAGAAGCUCCUGCAGCCGUUUAAAGUUGGGGAAGACGUGGGCCUAUUCUUAGUUAACUUUGAGAGGACAUGUGAGAAGUUGAGCUUCGCCCCAGAAACGUGGCCGCAACGGCUUUUGACUUUGUUGCCCUGUGAGGCUGCAGAGGUUGUCGCGCGCCUUAGUACUAUAGACGCGGACGACUACGACAAGGUGAAGUCGAGCCUUUUGAAGCGGUAUCGCCUUUCUGCCGAGGCGUUCCGUCAAAGGUUUAGAAACGCAUCCAAAAAGAGCAGCGAGGGCUACUCGGAAUUCGCGUACGCGCUUAAAACCAACUUGAUAGAAUGGUUGAAGAGCGAGGAAGUGUACGAAAGCCGCGACAAGGUAGUCGAGUGUGUGUGCCUCGAACAGUUCUUUCGUAGCAUUCCGCAGUCAGUCAAGCUCUGGGUGCAGGAUAGGGUGGGAGUCGACUCUGUCGAAAGGGCCGCUGAGCUAGCCGAAGAGUACGCAACGCGUAGAAAGCUGAGCGGAGAGGAAAGCGAACCCGGCCGGAGCGAUCAGCGCAAGCCCUUCCAACAGGGAAACGGCUCGCGAGAAAAAAGGCCCGAGAAGCCAGAAACAGGACAAAAGGUCCCAGAAAAGAGCGGAGAUCCCUCGAACGGAGAUCCCUCGAACGAAGACGAGGCACGGAAAAGCCAAAAAGGGCAGUUCGAGGCAAGGAAGCCGUUCCUGUGCUACAACUGUCAGGAGCCGGGACACACAGCGGCCAGGUGUAACAAACCGCGGGUUGUGUUCUCGUACGUGAGCGGUAGUGACAGGGACCUGGAGCUUCUUCGUCCCUAUCUUCACGAGCUCCAGGUAAACGGAAAGCCGUGCAGGGUGCUUCGUGACAGUGCAGCGACGAUGGACGUUGUUCAUCCGUCGUAUGUAACGACAUCCGACUUUACUGGAAAGGUAGUUUGGAUCAAGCAGCUGCUCGAGAAGCACAGUGUCUGUCUGCCUAUGGCGAGAGUAAGGAUAACUGGCCCGUUCGGAGAGCUAGUGACAGAGGCGGCUGUCUCGCAAACAGUCCCGUUGGAGUAUCCCUAUUUGUUUUCUAACCGGUCAGAUUUCCUGCUGCGCGAAAGGGGUCAACAACUGGGAGAAGGACUCGUUCAGUCGUGUACGAGGUCCAAAUCGCGUCAGCUCGCCCCUUUGUUAACGAGUGAUCCAGAGCGAAAGACAGCUGACGGGGAGCAAGCACUCCCAGAGUUGGAGGCAGAGAAACGGGAUGAGGGGGUCCGGGUUGUAGAACAGCCCGACCUCGUAGCACUAGAAAGCGUUCGCCGUCCCAACGCGCCGGCGAAAAAGGCGGAAAAAGACGGGAUCAUUAAAGGAUCUCUCGUAGCUCCGGCGUCACAUAACUUUGGUCCUCUGUUACGAGUAGACAGAGUGUCUCUGACAGUAGAGCAGAAGAGCGACCCUAGUGUGUCAGGGUUUCGCGGUACAGCUCAGGAGAUUGCUAGGACCAAUGUGACGGGGCAUGAAAAAGGCGGAUUGUUUUAUCGGCGCUAUAAGGACCGCAUUUUCACGUCUAGAAAUCACGUGAAAAUCGAUCACUAUGACUUCAGCGUAAGGAAGAGGAAAGGCAAAUUUAACAGCAAUGCCGAUGGGUUGAGCAGAUUUUUCUGAUAUCACCAAAAAGAGUAGGGAUGAUCUCAGGUUUUCGUCAUCCACGGGAAUGAGGAUCGAAGUAGGGGGCACUUCGUUAAAACCCCAAAAUGACCUCACAAAUUGCGAAGAGUUUUUGUCUUUUUGUAUUUUGUUCAUAGUGACCUCGUUGGAAAAAUGAGUUUUGCUUUGGCGACAGCGGGUCUCGAUACCCGAAGUUGUCCUAAAAUUUUAUAUUGCAUUGUUUUGGCAAAUUUUGGUAAUCCGUAAUCCAGUCUGGCGGGUCUCUGGCGGAUUCCGAGCGUUUGACUGCGGUGUGGCGUGGUGUUGUGGGGGACGU